AUGUAUUUUGACUAUCACGCAACACCGCGUUCCUUCCUUCAACAGACCUUCAUUCUGGCACAGUCGGCUGCCAUCACGUUUUUGGAUCAGUUUCACUACGUCCAUGAUCGCGCCACUGUACGAUACUACCAGAAGCGCAUCAUCAUCAUACACGAUGAAACCCUGGAAACUGGACGUGCCAUCUUGGAACACAGUGCAAUUCGUGAUGUGAUGGAUUUGUUGCUGGUACACCCUCAACCAGAUCAAAGGCGUGUGGAUCUGUUGACGAAUGAACCCGAAACAGACGAGUGGAUGCUUUUGGAUAGGUACCUUACAUCCUCACCACCAUCCCUCAACACAAAUCUGUUCCCUAACAGGCGUACUAAUCUGCGCGGACGUUACGUACGUCUUGCAAUCUUCAACUACGAACCAUACACAAUAUGGAACAGCGUGGAGAAUUCGGACGAUGCUAACGCAUUCUACCAACAAAAUCGUUCGUUGGCGAUUGAUGGUACAGAGUCCCGGCUGUUUGUUGAGUUUUGUGCCAAACUCAACUGUACCCUGGAGAUCUCGCUAGAUGAAGCAGGCGAAUGGGGACAGAUCUAUGACAAUCGAACGGGCGAUGGAAUUAUUGGAGCAAUAGUUGAGCGACGAGCUGAUAUCGGAGUUGGAGCCCUCUACUCUUGGUACCAUGAGUCUUUGUUCCUGGCACUCUCGAAACCAAUCUCACGUACCGGUGUCACGUGUAUCGUUCCGAAACCUUUACCACUGUCCUCCUGGUUGAUUGGUGUACUACCAUUUUCAACAUUUCUGUGGUUAGCCGUACUUGCAACCAUUCUAGUAUCCACCGUAUUCGAAGUGAUCAUCAGCUUUGUAACGCAAAAGUUUAGAACCAGUGAGUCACAUCGGGUGGAUGUAUGUGAAUCCAUGAUGGGCAUUAUAUCCAUUUUCAUUCUUCAGGCCGUACUGCUGCGCAACAAUCGAAAUCCGUACAGUUCGCAGAUGAUCUUGAUUGGAUCGCUGCUUUUCGUAGGUUUGAUGAUAGGAAACGCUUACAGUGGUGGACUGGCAAGUAUUAUGACGGUGCCACGCUACGAGAAAUCGAUCGACACUGUGCAGGAUCUUGCCGAUCGUAAUCUACGCUGGGGUUCGACCCAUGAUGCCUGGAUCUUCUCCAUUCAACUCGCAACGCAGCCGACAAUUGUGAGAUUGUUGGAAAAUUUCGUCACCUACCCGAAAGAUGUACUGCACGCGAAGGCAAAACACCGAGAUCUGGCGUACAGUAUCGAACGUUUACCGUACGGACACUACGCUGUUGGUGACUACAUUACGGACGACGUAUCACACAACUACGAAAUCAUGCUCGAAGACAUUUACUGGGAGAACUGUGUGGCAAUGGCCACCAAAACCUGGCCGCUCAUGAACGAACUGGACGAGCUGACGCUGGUCAUUUUCCAGAGCGGAAUACAGCGCUACUGGGAGGCGAAGGUGGUGACAAAGUUUGCCGAUAAUAAGGUUCAGCACGACAUCUCUAUUUCGCGUCAUUUCGACAAUCCUGGUCCGAUUGCGCUGCAACCAUCGCACCUGGUUGGAGCGUUCUUUCUGCUGGGAGUUGGGCUCAGCUUGGGGUUGGUGUGCUUUCUGCUAGAGCUACUGUGGCACAGAUUAUCUAUCAAGCAGCGAACGAUGAAACAGCAUGGGGUGGAUCCGUACGAAGAAUGAAAGACCCCUUGAGCUGCUGUUAGCAAUGAUAUGCACGCCACAUAGACCCUUUGGUAAGGAGCACUUUACGGUGCGUAGUAUAGUACCCUCCACUAUUAGGGGAUGAAAUGAAUGUAAACAAUUAUUCCACCCCAAAAAAACAGCUGAAAGUGUUCUACGUACGUGAUGACUGGCAUGGUACACUCUAUCACCCACCAAAACCUCUCCGAGGGUGAUGCUUAACGGAACAACUUGCUGAUCGGAUUGCGUAUAGGGUAGCUUACGUUAGAUAAAGCCGAUCGCGUGCAGGACGAAUAAUUUCCCAUGCAACACCUGCACCUUGCAAACUAUUUAGAAAGUCCUUGCGUCCUUUUCAAGGUUCGAUUUAGUACGAGUGGAGAUAGAGACACACACACACGAACACAAUACCACACACAGGGAGCAUAAAACGAUUGAAGCACCCUAGUACAAAAUGUUAGCCCCUUGCAUACACGGACAGUUUUACAGCUGGAAGAACGCGUGGUUAAAUCGUGGCAAAGUACGUGUGAAGUGCCGUAGAUGCAGACAUUUAUUGGUGGUGUCAAUUAUUGUCGCAUAGGAAAAACGAUGGUACGUUUGAAACGAUGAAGUAAAAGACAGUUUUAGAUAAAGGGAGCAACUUUAAUUUGUUACCCACAAAAAUACAGGUACUUAAAGUAGAUGAAAUGAGGAAAAUAAUGCAUAAAAACUAGUGUUGGAACUUAUUCCAAAAAUGCUGAGGUAUGAAAUAGAAAUAGAAACAGAAUAAAGAAUCAGAGUCAUUAAUUCAGUUCAAAGAUUAGUUCAGAUUUAUGAAUCUGAAUCAGAUUCACUCAAUUCACUAAUAAAAACACAAUGUUUGCACGUUUUUCGUUUGUGAGGAUUCUUGAGGAUAUUGAGGUGCAGUAGUUGUGACAUUCUCUUUCUUUGGCAUAGUUGGAUAGUCAAGACUACUGAUAGAGAUACUAACAGCUAGUUUAAAUGAAAUGCCAUCGACAACUUUCGGUGAAUUAGAUCGAACGCCGAGACACAAGAUCAUCGGAAUGCCAUCAUCAUGCACUUAAGUCACGAAAAUGUAUCAAUAAAUACAAUUUAUGUGUUUUACAAUUUCUUAGGAUGCAUAUAACUAAAGUGAAAUUUAUAUCUUUUCAUUUACUUAAGUAAAAUACACAAAAAAACACAUUCAAUUAAGUAAAAAACACAAAUAAAGAAACAUUUACAAAAAUGUUGCUAUGCUGCACAAGCAUAAAU